AUGCAAGUUUGGCGAGUAGAGACGGUUGGUGUCGUGGUAAGCAAGGAGCGCACCGAGGACUAUCUAAGGUUCGUUGUCGAUGAUGGGACCGGAUGCAUUCAUUGCAUCCUCGACAUCAUUGGCCAUUCCGAUUUGGGCCUCGCUGCUGAAGUGGAGACAGAGAUUGCUCUCAGGGAGGCUGCGACUGUUGAGCUGGGGAAGUUAGUGCGACUCCGAGGCAUGAUCACAUUGGGGGCGGGGGUUCGAUUACAGCUUACGGUGAGGGAUGUGUUGGUCGAACGCGAUCCCAAUAUGGAGACACUGUACUGGAUGGAUUGCAUCCGCUUGGCGAAGAGUUGUUAUGAUCAUGCAGCACGUCCCUAA